UCCCUCCCAGGGCUGGUGGGGGCCUGUGCCGUGUCCGUGCUCUACAACCUCAUGAAGGUCCAUCUCUAUAUCGUGUGUCUCAAUGACCCCGACAAGCAGAAAGAGGCCGCCCAGCUCCGGGCCCAGUCCCCCAUCAUGGACUUCCUGCACCUCUCCCUCCUCUCCCUCCUCUUCUCCCUGCUGGGGCCGCGCGUGGGGGCUCUGGUGGUCCUGGAGUUCUCUCUCCGAGCCGUCUCUAUGGUGCUCUCAGCCAACAAGGGUGCCCAGAGCUCGCAGCUCUUCCUGCUGUGCCAGUUCUCGCUGGGCUGUGGGGUAAGUUGCAGCCUGGACUAUUUGCACGAGGGGGCCCCUCACCGCACGUGGAACCUGCUAUUGGCCGUCGGCCUGUCGGGGCUCAUCCUAUGGCAGAGCAGGCGAAUGUGCCGCCAUGUUGGGAUCCUGUACCAGCUGCACAGCGGCGAGCGCUACUGCGGGGUGUGCCUGUCCCUGCUGGCCUGCUGGCGCGACAUCCCCCCCUUCCUGUGGCGGGCACUCAAGGUGGCAUUCUGGGUGUCGGACUUGGCCGCCGUGGCCGUGAUCAACAGGGAUUUCCUCAGCACCUCGGAGGCCAUGCGCUUCUGGACCCCCCUCACCAUCUGCUACACCCUGCUGGUCAUAUACAUGCAAGAGGAGCAGCACCAGAACCCCAGCGAGCAGAUGGCCUAUCAGACGGUGUUUGUGCGGAUGGGGGGACUGCUCAUCCUCAUGAUGACGGUGGGAAGGUGGGCCGAUAUUCUCCAUAUCUUCAUCUCCCUGACGGGGGAGCUGUGGUGCCUCCUCCAUGCCGGGGUCAUGCUUCGGCUCUGCCGGGAACAGGAUUUUGCUGAGAGAAUGUCCAACCCCAGAAAGUACCCCGUCUCUAGAGCCCCAAAAUCCACAAGAGAGGGCAGAACCCUCCAGCGAGAGACCAGCCUGGAAGAGUGAGACCCCGGCGGCGCCAGAGACUGUUCCAACACUGGAGUUUGUUACAGAGUUUUCAGGGUUCAGUUUGUUCCCCCAGAGACGGAUUUGGAGUUUGGGACCUUUGUGUUGUGCCCAACGGCCGUGUUGGGGGGUUCUGGGGGGUCCCGGUAUCAUGGUGAAUGGACCCACUGGGCUCGGCUGGGGUGGAACUUCUAGAAAACUGAGGGACAGAGACGUUAUUCCUGCAGCUCGGCUCUAGAAUAUUCUGGUUUUAUUUGGAAUAUGAACUGACUUUAUUAGUGAGACUUAUGGGUUGCACCCCAAAAAAUGUCUUUAGUUACACGGGUGUCUGAACUGACAGAUAUGGGGGUCUCACCGGGGGCAACUGGGUAAAUAAUUCUACAAGUUCAAGUUUUUAGUGAAUCACAAAUCUGUUUGUAUCUGUUUUGUACAAUUUUACUGAUAUCUGUAAAUCUGAGGCCUUUGAUAAAUGACCCCCAAUGUGCGACAUCCAAUGGAAACAACGUGAUUGGUGAAUUAAAGCAAUGAACUGAAA